ACAAUAAUAAAAAUACUAAAACGAUGCAGUAUAAAGUAAUUAAUUCAAAAUAAGAAAUUAAGGUUCGGCCAUGUCUUUUUAAGUUGUUUUACAUUGUCGUAGUAUUCUUAGCUUAAUUAAUUAUAACAAAAAUUAAGAAGAAAUUAUCAACAUAACACUUUAAGCCACGAUUUAACUAUAACAUACAAAAUUUGUGCUUGUCCGCCUAACUUAUUGCGCACAAAUCGUCCUUGCCUGUCGACAGGUCAAUCGAUUUUGCAUAAAUGGAAAUUGAUCAGCAUAUUCAAACUGAUAUCGCAUUCAUUUCGCAACGUUCCGCGCUUCUAUCCGCACACCACGAGCAGGCCGCAAAAAGAAUGAGGAUCGCAAUUGAGAGAUCAGCAUCGAAUAAUGAUGCUGAUGAAGUUCAGAGGUCACGGUCGUUCGAUAAGAAUACUAGCAGGCGUGUCCGCUACUCUCCGCCUCGGACAAAGCGCGAUCCCGAUUGACGUAGUCGCUUUCGGUCGCACGACAGUGGUCUCGUAGAUCCAUCAAGCGUAUUAUCUCGUUCCCGUGCGUGCAAUUUCGUUCAACGGUCCCGCACUGACGAGCCUCGAGUUUGCUGGAAUUGCGCGUCUUUCGAUCCGCUCUAUCCGAGGAAACACCCGAUUUCCGGAGCAGUUGCUCGUUCCUCGGGUGAAACGCAAUUUUUCGACGUGGCCGAGCAACAUCAUCGAACAGCUGAUUCACCGAGACAAACUGGAUGUGCGCCGCCUGCUAUCGCAUAGGGAGAGAAGAGGAGUCCACGGAACGGAACGACGACGACGUCGCGGCACGACGGCCGCGCAGUGCAGGACGAUAGCAGGAGCGAGGAAAGGAUGACCGAUCAUCGGGGACGGGACCCGGCCAGGACGCCGGUCAGGAUGCUGGUCGUCUGCCUCGUCUAUCUUCUAACGCUGCUCGGUUCCUAUUGUCAGAUGGCACCAGCAGUGGCCGGUGCCAUCAGGGGCUGGGAAACGGGCAGCGGCCACAAGUACCUGCUGAAGACCACGUUGAUCUUUAGGGAGGCCGGCUCGCCGAAACGUGGGGGCGACGUCGGCUUCAGGCUCACCGGCGAACUGGACGUCACGGCUGUAUGGCGCGAUCCGAAUGAUCCAAAUGUCUUUCUGCUCAAAUUUGAGCUGUUAUCGCAGCAGUUGUGGAUCAAAUCUCGCCGUGCUCCGGAGCCGGAAGACUUCGUGAAGCACUCGUCCAAGGUGGAUCAAGUGGUCGAGAAACCAUUCCUCGUGGUCUGGCGAUAUGGCGACGUCCAAGCUGUGUACAUGGACCCGGACGAGAGUGUCUCGUCUGCAAACCUGAAGCGUGGUCUAGCUAGUCUCUUCCAGUAUCGGACGCUCGACGACGAGGUGCGCCAACAGGAUGCAUCCGGUCUCUGCGACGUGUUGUACGUGUCCUCGGACGAAAGAACCAUCAAGAAACAGAAAAGCAACUGCACGCAGAGCACUUUACCGCCUCCGAGGCGGCAUCCAAAUCCGAUAUUCGCUGUUGAGCUGGAAAGUUGGCGUAAUUCCACAUACAUGCUGACGCAAUCGUUGUUACCGGAGCAUGUGUUCGACCGUGAAGAGCAUAGAAUGACGUUGGUGGCCAAGUCGGACAUCGGCACGGUUGUUAUAUCCGAGAGAACGCUGGAGUGGAACCCGCAGGUAGUGAGUGCGACCCAGACAGUUCAAGCGGAUUCCUUGAAGCAUGCGAUAGCGCUUCUCCAACCGGGUUACAGGGAGACGAACAUCGAACUCCAACUGGAACCCACCAUAUGUCCCGACGCAGGAUGUCCCACGAUCGAUAAAACGAUCGAAGAAUACCGUGAGGCGCUCACCGAAUCUGCACUGGGCACGGCAAGGUCCGCGUCGGCCUUCCUCAAGCUUCUACCUCUAGUCAGGAACGCUUCGCCCGACGAGUUGCACAAGGUUCUGAAGGCGCCGCGCUACCACGACAUGAAGAUGCAAUUGUUGGAUGUAUUCGGCUCUGCGUCCACGUUGCCCGCUCAUCAAGCAGCCAUGAAGAUUCUCCGUCAGGACGCGAUUGGCGACGAGACCGAGAGAUACCUGUGGGCGUUAUCUUUGUCACCGACGCCGCACAUCGACGUCGCUCGAGACAUUCUCAAACGUUCCGAGGAGACGAUGCAGAACGAUAAGGUGUCUGAGACCUACGCACUCGCUGCGGGUGCUUUGGCGCGGCAUUACGGGUCGUCCGCGAUGAUCGAGAAGGCGAGAGUCAGCCUAGAACUAGGCCUGGACACUUGCACCGGCGACGAGUGCAAGCUCAAGUUUCUGCGAGCUCUCAGGAACCUGAGGAGCUCAGAAGCGAUUCCCACGUUGCUGAGGUACGCGCUGAGCAGCAAUAAACCCAUCAGCGUUGCUGCUUGGAGAGCCUUGGCGGCUCUUCCGCGCGAAGCGGUGACCGAUGAGUUGAAGAACGCGGCUCACAGUGUGUUCUAUCAAAUAGGCGGGCCGCGAAAGGACAGCAGUGCGCGAACGCUCGCGCUGGACAUCAUUCUCGAGAGCGAACCGUCCCAGGAGCAGCUGCACGACUUCGUUGAAUACUUGAGCAGCAACGAUCCGGCGUACGAGGUCCGUAAAUACCUGAGUCAACGUCUGGAGCAGAUUGCCGAAAAGAACGAGCGAUUUGCUGAUUAUUUGAGAAACUUGUACGCGACUGGUGGCGUGAACGUGAACAAUUAUCACACGCGAGCGCAGAGGGGCCUCAGCACUGCCUUCACGAGGAAUUUCCUGCGUUCGCCUAACAGCAACGGUUCCCUAGUGACAGUGCAGGAGGUAAAUUCCGGACUUUUAAAACGCGGCAUCGUGGAUGUGGUGUUGGAAGCCAACGAGCAUCGGCAAGCGAUGUUCUCUCUAGGACUGUUCGCCGGCGGUCUCGGCAGCUUCGUCUCCAGUCAGGAUGACGACGAAGAGGAAGCCGACAAUGAGGUGGCCACUGCUGGGAUGGAGAUCGACUUGCUGAGUGUCGGCGUGCGACCUUUCGUAUUCUUCUCCGGCCAGAGUGAACUGAUGGGCCACGUGUGGUCCGGUAAAGCAUCCGAGAGGACUCCCGCCUUCCAAGCUCUCCUUUCCCUCUACAGCCACAGCGAGUACGUGCCAUUGGGAUCCGGUUUUGUCGCUGAGAUGGACGUUCAAGGUGCGGUAAGCUUCGACUUGGCCGGCCAGAUCCAGCUGAGUCUCUGGUCGAGAAACGCGCAAUCCUUGGUAGAGAUGGAUGGAGGGGUGAUGAUUCACGGCAGUAGCAAGGUGCACUCGAGCUUUGUGCAGAGCAAAGCAGAGUUCUCCGUAGCAAUGGAACCGAAACUCGAGCUGUCCACCGAUUUGGACUUUUCUGGAUCGGUGGCGCUAUGCAUGAAAUUAAGCCAGCCAGACACCACGGUAAGGCAACGAGUGUACAAGAUCGAGCGAAUACCCGGCAGCCGGCACAGGCUGAGGAAGACGCGCCGUUCAAGAACACUCGCGCCCGGCAGAUCCUACAGGCUUAACCAGAAGAACAACGAGAUGUGCGCGAAGUUCGCGGUUAGUUAAAUUAGCGCCAUCAAGAACUGCUCUCUGUGACACUUUUUAAUUUUUAAUGAUCGAUAUAAGUGAUCGAUAAAGAACUUAAAACUGUUUUCUUACCGUUGCGAACCUCGAUAGUGCGUAAGAAUAGAAGUACCCGAGAAUUGAAAUAUGACAAUGCGGCAAUGUUCGUGUCUAUGUUAUACAUAUAUGUGCAAUUUGCAUUUGGACCUCGAUAUAAUAUCGAAAAUUAAUCAAAGUCGCUCGUAUCAAAGACAAUAUCAGAAUUUUAGAACAAGGAUAUGGAAUUUCUGAAAAUUCUUCAGUUUGACCCAUUUCAAUAAUGAUAUUAGAUAAAAGUUAUAUGAUAAUCGUUACAAUUCUUUAUAUUAAAAAAAAAAGAUCAUAUUUUAUACAUAGAACCUAUUUGAGAGAAGAAUUCAAGAUAUAAUUUAUGAGGAAAAUAAUAAAUUUGGCUUUUCCUCUCUAACGCUCAUUACGUCGAGGUUCAACUGCGUCUAUAUUUUGCAUGUUUUGUAAUUUUUUGAGACUGUACUGAUUUGCGCGUGAUCAAGAUACAGAUAUAAGCGCCCAGGUUGUUACAAUAAAAUACAAAAAGCUCACAUUCAA